AAGACAAUGAUAAACUUAACAUCGUUAAUCAAUCAUGCGAGAGCAAAUCGACGUCAUUGGAGAUGGACAAAGUCGAUGGAUCAUGUGACACAUACUAUGAGAUGGAGGAAGAUCCUGCUGUUCCAACAAAUGAGAUUACUGAAUCUUCAUCCGAGGAGCCUGAAAUAAACGGUGUACACUCGAGUUAUGUCGAUAGCAACCAUUUGAAUCAUUUAAAGAGCAAUCAAGAUUUACAACCUUUCGCACAUUCCUUAAAAAUCAUCAAAAGGAAAGCAGACUCAAUUUCAAGAGAAAUCAGAAAAAACGAUGGAAAAGCGUUGUUCUGUAAAUUUGCACCAUGUGCGUUGGCUAACCUACUACUGUUGUUAACUACCUUGCAAAUUUAUUUCUGUCCUGUACAGCUGAUUCAAAAAUUGGGUCAGAUUUCGUUGGGGACCAAGUUUGUGAUGAAAAUUUUGGAGUUGCUGAAUAAUGAGCAAGAACUAAAUGAGCUAAUGAAGGAAGAAAAUGAGGAUUGGGAAAAGCUAAUGAAGGAAGUAAAUGAGGAUUGGGAACAGCCAAUGAAGGAAGUGCUAGCAAAACUAAAAAAAACGAUGGUGAUGCCAUGUACCAACAUACUUAUUGCCCUACAAAAAAAAGGCUUCUUAACAUCAAUCUUCAAAAAAGAGGUCGGUGUUGGCAGAAAGCAUUAUUUUCUAAAUACGGCUAUUAAUGAAUUUAAAGUGUCGCAGCAUAAAGCAGGACUUAUGAUUUAUAUCACUGCCGAGAAGAGUCAUUGUGUCGUCUUGAUUAUGGACGAAAAUGGUGAAGAAGUGAAUAUUUACGACGCUACUAUCAACGAAGACGAAGUCGAAAAUUUGGAAAUCUUCGCAGCUUACAGAUCCUCGUAUUGACUUAUACGAAUG